AUGGUCUUCGGUCCAUGGCCAGCUUUGCCUUGUGAGAAGGGCGAAGCACAAGUGCCUGCCAGCACGCGUUUGUCAACAGCCUCACAUGCCUCAUCUUCUUCUUCAGGAAAGAAUGGCUCUGCUGCCAUCGUCCCUCACAAGUUCUGGUACCUGUGUCAGAAUGGAACAGUCUGGACUGUCGUCCAGGCCAGUGUUCAAGAGCCGUACGAGGGGUAUCGAUGCUACCUCGCGACCUCUCAGUGGUACACGUUGAAGACUCCCUUCACCCAAUGGUUUACUAAGAAUUGGAACUGCACAGCUUGCGAAAUCGCUGAAGAAUGGGGCAUUGGAAUCCGACAUGUUUCUUGCCUGCAAAGCACACCAUCAAUCCAGGUCCUGAGACGCUCGACCUACAAGGGCAGCGUGGCCACCGGAUCCGCUUGCCUACCCCUUGAUGCAACGACGCCUCUUGGAAUGUUGCUUGUGCUGGCAUCUGUUCUUCCCGCCACAGCACUUCAAGCGAGUACUGUGCAGCAAUGCCUCAGCGUCGUAGAAUUCCUUGAUCAGUUUAUUUCUAUGAGCACUACAUUGCGCCCUUUGGGAAAACGUUCUGAAGUCGUGCUUGAUGUGGUUGACAACAAGGUGAGCAUUGAGCAGCUGCGCAAAGUGUUCAAGUCCAUUGCUUUCAACUUUUCCAGGUUUGAGAAGAAGGUCUUGCGCCACAAUGUGAGCGAUGAGAUGUCUUUGGUCUCUUGUCUGGUGACAAUCUUCAGGCUACGUGUUGACCAAUGUGCGCUUGAGAAUCCAGGCUUGAAGCGUUUGACCCGCUGCCUGGUCCAUUCAUGGAGCCAACAGGCAGAGCUUGCUGUUGAGGCCAACAUGCGGAAAGAAUGUCCUGACCCAACCCUUGAGUCGCAGAAUCAUCCUUUCUUGCCUGACUCUCGAAGACGGGGGUCAAAGGCUUUGGAGCUCUCUCUCAUUUCCCGAUUCACCUCCAAAGGUGGCGGCUUCGUCUCUACAAAGAACGAAGUUUCCCUGCAUAGGCUGGGAGUGGUUGCCAAGAACUCUGACCUAGCGUCACGCACGGCUUCAGAGUACUGCUGCCGUGGCCUGGUUGCAGCGGCGGAGUUUGUGUCCAGCUACAUGGAGCAUGCAGACCUGCGAAUCAUUAACGUGUGCUUUGACUGUGCAACAGUUGCCGGAGAGCACGUGCUGUCAGUGAUCUUUCGAUUGGAUGGUGUGCAGUUCCCUGGACCAACGCAACUCCUGCCGCAGCGAGAUGAAGACGUGACCCAAGAAGCUUUGACCGCUUUCACAAGUUCCUUGAAGAAGGUUGCACUUACCCAAGAAGGCGAGAAGGUCACUUUGCCCAAAGAUACCUUCAGUUGGAGACAAUACCGGCAUGCGACAAAGGCUUUGUUGGCCGGCCUUUGCAAUGCAAUCCGGCAUGUGAUGCCGCCAGGAUGGAGCCUCAAGUCUUGCAUGCCAGGGAACUUACUCUUGCCUGCCGGACAAAAAGGCGAACGCCAUGAGCUCUUGGCAGAGGAGAAGCGAAUGUACAACAUCUUUGAUGGCCGAUCUGCUUACUUCACCUACAACUUUGACUCCUUUGAGGCGAGUCCAGAUUGGUACCUCUCUGAGCAGUUUGACAAGCUGAUCUUCAGUGCCGAUGAAGGCACGGAAGGCAUACUGGCUUUCCAGCACGCUGUGAACCAUGGUGCUUGGUGUCUGUGGUGGCCUGAUGUCUUCCACCGUAUCAACCGCAGAGUAGCCCAGGCGCUCAACCAUGCAUCGUGCGCAGAAGUGAAAGCUUUGUUGCGCAAGGCUUCCAAGAUGUUUCGCAUCAGCAGAGCACCGUUCAAUUCGGGUCGGUUUGGAGCAGAGAUCCAAGAUGCGAGAAAGUGCUUGUUGGAAGCCAUCCAAUCUGGCGAAGCCCAGGAAUUGGUUGAAAUGUGGUUGCAUGGUGUGGCCAGGGACCGCAACGUGUCAGAGGAUGAGUUUACUGUCAACCAACUAGUGGAACUCCUGCAGAAGGCUACGCGCAUCCAGGAUGUGUGUUGUGCACUAAGAUUUUGCAACCUCAACAAACUAGUUGCAUUAAUCACGUGUAUCAUAGUGUUUCUGGGGUGCAAACCGGUGGGAAACAGUUUCCAAGGCUCUAAGGUUUUUUUUGCCGGAUGUAAAUUUGUAUAUAUAAUAUAUACAUUGUGUGGGGGUCGUGCUUUUGGUGCCACUAGAGUUAUAGUAAAAACCUGA